AAAAAAAAGCAAAUAAUAAAAAAACCGUGGCUUGGUCGUGAAAUAUGAUUGCUUGUUCUUGUUUUAUUUUCGGAAAUACAAAUUAAAUCAGCGCAAUUACGGCGAUUGUUGUAAUUUAAACACUAUUCUAUACACACUGCCACACAUUAUAAGUGGUGUUGUGAUGUUAUUGUGUUUAUAUUGACCCUAUUUGAAUGUGCGUUGUUUGUCUGACAUGUACUUAUGUUGGAAUUUCGUAAAUAGAAUAGACUUUUCAUGUCGGGACCGGGUUUAAAAAUAACAUUGGUUUGUCGCGACGGGUUAGAAGGUCUAAUCCCGCCUGCGCCAUGGCUCUGAUGAUGGCCCAAAAAAUGGUUUUGCAUAUUGUGCUAUUUGUUCUUGGUACAACAUUUGCUGCACCACCGAACGAUGAAAAUCUACCACCGAGACCGCGAGAGGGCGGUGUAACUACGCGUUACUGCGCAUUUUACAAUGAUUCAAAACCUUGCGACCCCAACAACAGCACGAGCUGCAUUCAGACACCGGAGAAAGAAGAAUGCCUACCAACUGAAACGACUGAUAAAAGCAGUCACUGCUUCGUACUGUGGCAGUUUGAUAAUGUCACGAACACUGCAUAUCCAAAGGUUAAGGGAUGCUUCCUCGAUACUGUUUCAUGUACAGACAGGGCGUUUAAUUGUCGAUUGCAUAAUAUUAAGCUGCCAUUACUGCAUUGUUGCUGCGAAGGUGAUAUGUGCAAUCAGAAUGUGACGUUCCCAGGCUUGGAAGUUGUACUAGCUCAGACUGAUGCACCUGUAGAGAUUAUCCCAGCAUCUCCUGUGCCCACUUCCGAUGAUGAUACCAAAGCAGUCAUCGCUUACACAUUGACUCCAUUGUUUCUGCUGUUUGCAAUUCUUCUCGCGUGUUACUUCUUAUACAGAAGACGCAAGGGUAGUUCGUUUGCUGAACUCGCUAGUGGAGAACCGUCUCUCUCGCGGCCACCAUCUGCUACCGCUGGUAUGGAAAAUGAGGGGCUCGGCUUGGUGGGCCAAAUAACUUUAUGCGAAGUUAGAGCUCGGGGAAGAUUUGGGGCCGUUUGGCGCGCAAAAUAUGGACAGAUGGAUGUAGCAGUCAAGGUGUUUCCACUGCAAGACAAACAGUCCUGGAUGGCUGAACAGGAAAUAUACAGGCUCCCAAGGAUGGACCACCCAGACAUAUUGCAUUUUAUUGGGGUUGAUAAGAAAGGAGAUAAUUUGCAAGCGGAGUAUAGGCUCAUCACUGCUUACCAUGAGAAGGGCUCUCUCUGUGACUACUUGAAAGCCAACACCCUGACGUGGGCGGAGGCGUGGCGCGUGGCGGUCUGCGUGGCGCGCGGCCUGGCGCACUUACACGAGGAAGUUGGCGGGAAGCCGGCCGUCGCGCACAGAGACUUCAAGUCCAAGAAUGUACUCCUGAAAGCGGACAUGAGCGCUUGCAUCGCGGACUUCGGGCUGGCGCUGGUGUUCGCGGCGGGACGCGGCUGCGGGGACGCUCACGGUCAGGUCGGCACGAGGCGGUACAUGGCGCCAGAAGUGUUGGACGGCGCCAUCAACUUCACUAAGGACGCCUUCCUUAGGAUAGACAUGUACGCGUGCGCUCUGGUGUUAUGGGAAAUAGCGUCCAGAUGUACCGACGUGGGCGCGGAGCCGACGGCGCAGUACCGGUUGCCGCUCGAAGAGGAAGUCGGUUCGCAUCCCAGCCUCGAGGAAAUGCAGGAAGCGGUGGUGCAGAGGAAGCUGCGGCCGCUCAUACCGGCCGUCUGGCGAGACCACCCUGGCCUGUCGGUGGUGUGCGAUACGAUGGAGGAGUGCUGGGACCACGACGCGGAGGCGCGGCUGUCGGCGUCGUGCGUGCUGGAACGGGUGACGGCGCAGCGGCCCGCCGCCGCCGCGCCCGCCGCCGCCGCCGCCGCCGCCGCCGCCGACACCGCGCCGCUGCUCAUACACCACCUGGCGCCGCCGCGCGCCUGCUGACCGCCGCGCCGCGCCCGCCGCCACCACCACCACCACCACCUGCCCCUCAUACUGCUGUAAGCCAACACCUACAUAUAUAUCACAAAUAUAGAUGACAAUAGAUGAGAAUUUUAUGAGACUAAACACGCCAUGUUAUUUAUACUUUUUGUCUUAUAAGAGCUAUUUAUUGAUAGCUAUUAAUUACUUUCAGUAUUUUCGAAUAUGCCACCUGUAGUAUAGUUUAUAUAUAAUAGAUUUUGCAAAACCUAGACAUUUUUUUAAUAUAAAAAUUAACGAGUCCAAUUAAACUCUUUUGAGCAUACUUACAACCAAUUGUCGAGCAAAACAAGUAGCGACAUCUAUUGACAUCUAUAUUUGUAAUUAUCACUAAACUUCACAAAAUAAACACGACGGUCAUUUCAUGAAAUGCACACAAAAUGUGGGCUUCCUCGACACAGUUAUGUCACACCUGGGCGGGACAUGGAUCCUUUGACUUGUUUAUAUAGAUUUCAAGAUUUAGACAAGAUGAAUAUAUAUAUUUCGUAACAUAAUUUAAGCCUUUGUAUUGUAUCAGUCGUGAACUGUCCACAGCUGAACAUAGGCCUCCCCCAGGCUUUGAUUUUGUCUAAACAAAUUGAUUAGUGCAAUGAAAUAUGGUAAUUGUGUAAUCCUGAGACUUAAACCAUUUUUUUUUUCAUCAUUCAUUCAACGUUUAUCACAUCUUUAUAUUUAAAUAGGUAACCUUCGCCUACGAAAAACCGCUUUUUAUUUUUCUAAUUCUCAGAAAAUUGAAAGUGUGUUUAUAUUUUCCUAAAUAUACACAACAUUCACUUAUUACAUUGCACUGUCUAUCUUGAGUUCACCAGUUGUAUGUGUUUUAAAAAACACAACUAAAAACGAUCCCAGGCUAAUAAUCCAGUAGACUAAAACUGAGUAAAUUGUUCUUAAUUUUUUUACAUGUUAAAAAUAUUGUUAUCAAUUGAACAGUAUGGCUUUUUUUUAACAUGAUUAAGUUAUAAACUAUAGAGAGUUUUAGAUACAUUUAUGAAAUGUUAGUUACUAAUACGUCGUCCAUCUUAUUAUUUUCUUUUUCACGGUUGAACUGCUAUCAAGUUCCCUAUUUCUUUAAACUUGUCUCUUAACCUAUUAUUUAAAGUUUUGCGAUAUUAUUAUUUUUGAAUCCAUCAUAAACAAAAUUUUUAAUAAUUUUGACUUAAAUAUAAUAGAAAUUUAAUUUAUCUGUCUUUUAACUUAAGAAUAAAGAUUUCGCUAUUAGUGAUAUUAAAUGAAAAUUUUAAUCAGAGAGAUAUAUCAUAGUGUUUUUUUUUUUUUAUAUAAUUUGUUUUUUCUUAUAUAAAUUGCAAAUUUGUAUUCCUCGAUAUAUGGGGUAUAUCAUAGAGGACUUAUUUCAGAUCAUAGACAUCUUAUUUUACCAUCCAUUGUUACCUAUGUAUCACAAUUUAAAUAAAUAAAUAAAUAGAGAUAGGUUUAAAGAAAUGCCACUUCAUAAUCGACAUCAAUAUAUAACAGAUAUCAUUGUUGCGAAUAUAGAUAGUGACAUUUCUAAAUUCUAUAUCUUAAAUGGUCGAUGUUCAAUAUGACUGAUAAAUCCUAUAAUAAUUCAGGUCACUAAUCGAAAUAAGAAACAUGGAUAUAUAUUGAUGGUAAUGCGUAUCACUACCACUCUGGUCAAGUAUCGAUUUAUGUAUAUCGAUUAUCGAUAAAACAUCGAAUCGAAACAAUCGUUUGAACAUCACUAAUUUAUCUGUUGAACUGUCAUCGAGGAAUAAUAAGAUGGGCAUAGUACAGUUUGAGAAUUUUCACGCAAAUAAAUAUAUAAAAUAUUAGUGUUGAGCCACAAUCGUGUUAAAUAGCUGAUCAACGUGAACUUUCAUUAUAAUCGUCACUGUAAAAUACUAUCCGUCCUUUUCCAGUCUCAGAAAAACCCAAUAGUUGACUUUUGCUCUUCGGUGAUAUCAUUUGACGUGUAGUAGAAGUCUUCUAAAGGCAUUUGUAGAAAAGAAAAUCUAUGAAAUUGUUAUUUGUAAUUAAAUAUUAUUUUUAUACGUAAUUGUAUGUGAAAUUUCGAUUGCUUCCGAUUUUAUUCAAAUCGAUCUUUUUAUUCGAUUGAUUAAUAGAUUUUCGCUUUUUGUAACGUUUGUAUUUAUAAUUUAUAAGUUAAAAAAAAUGCAAUUUCAUUUAUAUACAAUUAAGCAUAUAUAAGUUUAUUAUAGAUCUCAAGCAAUUCAAAAGAAUCUGAAAAUUAAAACAAUUUAUUGCAUUAAAUGAAACGAAUUUGAGAGGUGGUGUUAAACAUUUAUAUUUGUUUUAUAAUGAUGAAUUUAUCAAGGCGAUAAUGUCUGCUAUGAAUUGACUGCUAUAUUUUAACUUAGCAACAAAGAUCAAUAAAUCUCUGAUAGAUAUUUGGUAUUAGUUCAAUUAGAAAACUGAUCCAUUUUGAGAUGUGAAGAGAAUUGAGGGAAAUUUAAUAAAAAAAGUUGUAAAUAUCGACUUAACAAAACUGAAUAAUAGGUACAUCACUAUUUUACCCAAGUGUUGUACGACAUAAAUUCAAAAGAAUUUUUAUAUGCAAUGAGUUUUUAUAAUCAAAUUAGUAAGAAAAUCAUAUUAACAAUUAAAUCAGAUUAAUUUUGACUUUUUUAUAAUAAUUAUAUUAAUUUAUAUUUUUAUAUACUUACCAUAAUUGCUAUGUAAUUUGCGAUACUUUAUUGUAAUAUAAUACAUAUAAUGUUAACAUAAUUACAAAAGAGUUAUAUAGAUCAUGGAAUUGAUAAAUGAAACAUGUAUUAGAUUAUAAUGUAUAAUUUUUGAUUUUAUUUCAGUAUAAUAAUAAUGCAUAUAUGUAAUAGUCUUGACAAAGUUUGUUUAUAAAUUUAUAUGUAAUUCAACCUACUUUUUCGGUAUUUAAGUAAACCAGCGUUGUUUAUAAUGUUUACUGUAUGUAACAUUUAACAAAACUGUGACAAACGUAUAAAGCUACUAACUACCCCACCUAUGAUCACAGUCGUGAUCAUGUUUUUUAUGUUAUCUUUUAGUAUAAAUACCUACCUAAUUAUUGAUAUAAUAAUAUUUAACAAUUUUUCAAAUUUAAAUUGAUGAAUGAAAAAUCUUCCUACCCUUAUUCCAAGUAUAUAAAUUUUGGGGUCGGCGUAACAUAUUUUUAUAGAUAAUACCCAAGGUUUGGCAUUUAGUUUUACGACAGGCCGCCUGUCUGACGUCAACCCUCCUUGGGAAUUUAAUUAAUGAAUGAGAGAUGUAUGAUGCACCUGACAAUGUGUCGUAUACUUUUAGUAUGUAUGAAGAUUUUUUUAUGUUACGCUGUCGGCGUAUGCAUGUAGUAACAAUGUACUUCCUUGGCCAGCAUAAGCCCUAAGGCUCCAAAUAUCUACAAAGAGGUCCACCUCUAUUCGCACACAAUCUUUUUUAUUGUUUUUAUUAACCAACUUCAAAAGAGAAGUUCAAUGCCUAUGUACACAGCUUUGAAUAAUUAUUUCUUAAUUGAAUAGGGUUACUGAAUUUAGGUUGGUUUCCUUAUUAACAUUAUUUAGUGUUUGCUUCCAGUCUUGGAAAGAUAUGCCUGUUCAGAGGCAAUACUGUAAUAUUUUUACCGCGUUUCAGCGAAAUUUUUCUCUAUUUUUCAAUACCGCAAAAGCGAGAUUGUAAAUGCGAAUUUUGCGGUAUCUAAAGGGGAAUCCCCCUAUCGAAUAACACUCGCACUUUACUACCAUUUAUUUUGUCUUGCAGUUCUUAUAUACUCCCGAGUGCUAUCUGUUACAAAUAUCGCAACAGAACUAUUGGGUUUUUUUUUUUUAUUUGUGGCACAAGUCAAGGGUAAGCUGACUGACGUAAUUAUUAAGCUGAGCAUGUAUAAUUAUUUAUUAAUUCUGCCAGAUUUACAAUUAAGUCGUAUUAUUUUCACCUAGGGGUUCUUGCUAAUAUCCAUUCAUGUUGUAACUAUAACUUACCAUACAAAUAUAUCACGAUACAUAUCUUGCCCCACUAUUUAACAGAGAACCCCACCCCAAUGUUAGUAAGACUGGCGUUAAUCAUUAUUUUAUUAUUUAUAAUGUUGGCAAUAUGCGGCGUCAUUUAAUUUAUCGAUUAGAUUACAAGACUUAUUGAGUUAUAAUAGUCUUUAUGAACUUUUAUAAGAAUCAAUUUUGUGUGAAGUCUUAAAAUAGAUUUAAGUGUUUUCAUUUCCAUAAAUAAGUUCCUAAUAUUUCUAAAUUCUCUUAUUUCAUUCUACAUAUGACGCCUCCUAUUGCAAACGACAUGUUUUAAUUUAAUUGGCUUUAUAUUUACUUAGUUUGUGAUAAGUUGCAACUUGAAAACUUGAAAGUGCUAAAUUAUGACGAAAAGAAAGCAAUGAAGUAAGCAUUAAUUUUAAACUGAUGUAAAUAAAGUGAUUAAAAAGUUGUUUAGCGCUGUAUUUGUCUUUAGAAUAAAUUUGAGAUUCGUGCCAUAGGAAACGUUGGUGAUAAAAAUUUUAAAUUUUUAUAGUCUACUUGAUUUACUUCAAGUGACAUGAAUACACCAUUAAAGUAUGAAAUUAGUUUCCAUUAAUCACUUGUAUUGUGAACAUCACUAUUUAAACUGGACUAUUUAAACUAGGAAUAAUCCUAAUCAGUUUAUGUAAUUUUGUGUCUCAACUAUUUUCAAUUACUUGCCAGUACGUAUAAUAUUUUCUAUGUGUUACCAUAAAUGAAUAAGUUGAUUUUUGCAGAAGAGUUAUUUAAGCGGUUCAAUUACAAGACUAUGGACGCCGUGUUCUAUGGCCAAAAAAACACAUAUAGAUUUGUGCUUUUUUCAAAAGAGUACGUUAUUACAGAGAGGGUAUGAGAAUAAAAAAGUAAGCCCGCCUGCGCUGUGAAUAUACACUAACAGAGGGGGUAUAGACAGCACUAGAGAGGGUCUCACCCUUUCGCGAUGAUAAAAAUAAAAAGUUACUUUGGACUUACUUAGUAAGAGCUACAUAACGUAUGUGUGUAAAAUUUCAACUUUUACAACCAACACAAACACAUUCACAAUCUGACACCGCAAUAAAAGGGAUACUAUCUAUCUAUCUAUUUAAGAGCUACGCUCUUGUCGGUGGAGCUCUUGCCACUCACUACGAUUUUCAGCGAGUCUCUUCACCUCUUGAUACGACACGACACCAACUCCUGCCUUGAUCUGCCUGAUGUAACUUUGUCUCGGUCUCCCUCUUCCCCUCCUUCUUUCUAUCUUACCUUCUAUUAUAAUGUUCUUAACUUCGUCAUGUCGUAUCAAGUGUCCCAACAUUUUUUUCCUUCUGUCCUCAAUAGUUCUAAUAAUUUGUCUUUUUUCCUUAACCGGACUUAAAACAGGACCUCCUCAUUGCUAAUUCGAUCGAAUUAAAAAAAAGGAAUACAUCAACAUUAAAUUAAAGGGCAAUAGAAGACUUAGGAAAAAUUAAGGAGUGAGAGAUGAGAUCAUUCAUUAUUAAGAAUACGCAGAGGGGGCGUGGGUAGAUUAAAAAAUAUAGUUAAAAAAGGCAGAUAAGUAAGAUUAACAUGGCGAUAACUAGAAAAAUACGUAUGGGCAAAGAGGGGGGAGCGGCAAAAUAAGGUUAAGAAACUAUGGUCCAGUGAAAUGAAAAUAGUUGCAGCGCGAACAAAAUUUGAGACUAGAUGGGAAUAUUGUUUAUGGCAAAUCUUAUGUACUACAAAAAAACAUGUACAAAUGCUUUAUAUUGUCACUAUCGAUCAAUAUCAUAAUCAAUGGCGUAGCUAAGUUGAACAACCAAUUAGCCGGUCAACUAACUUUCUAGAGUUGUCCGUAGCCCCUUCUCCUCCUAGCUACGUGAAUGAUUAUGAAUUAAAAAAAAUCUGAACAAUAAUUGUUUUAGGUAAUUUUCCUAAGGAUUUUUUUUUUGUUUCCAAAACUUUAACAGUUGCAUCAAAACUAUUGAUUGUACAUAAUUACUUGUUAGUAUCAAAUCGUACAAGUAAAAUUCGAAACAUUUGAAUGUAUAUAUCAAUGAAAAUAAUUGUGAUCAAUUAUCAUGAUAGCGUGUAUGAAAGAUAUAUCAAUGGGAGAUCAUAUUUUAUUUGAUUAACCAAUGCCAUGUGCAUAUCACCAUACAUAGACUAAGUAAAGUUGCCAAAUGUAUAUACAGUUAUAAUGUAAGAUAGCUUUAGUAUUCUCGUCUGGAUGUCGGCAGUUUAGGUUGUGGACACGUGGUGUUUAGAAUAUAUAUAUAAAACAGACGUAUAGAUUGUAUUAUUAUUAGAACAAAACAAAUGAACAUAACGAUGUUGGUAACACUUUAUUGUACAGUAAAAUCAGCGUUAUUUUAGAUUUAUUAUUUCAAUUUUUUUUUAUAAAUUCUUUUAUAUGUUACCAAUCAUUUCCUUUAUAUCUACCUAAAUACAAGGUAUACCUAAUUCAUAUUGGAGAUGCAAUAAUAUAUAAAUAAUUAAAUAUCUUUACCAUAACAAGGUAGCAAGUAAUUUAAUAUAAUAAGUAUCAAUUGCGCUCGUGUAACAGCCGCUCAUGAUUAAGGGUCACGUAUUGAUCCUGAAACUAAUAGAGCUUUCUCAAUCCAAUUACACGUAAGUGGAACCGGUAGUUAUUACAUUAAAAUGUGUGCUUACGACACUUUUAACAAUAAGAUAACGAAUGUUGAUCGGCCUAAAUGUAUUUCAAAUAUAUAAUUAGCCACGAGUCCACAACUAGAAUAAUAGAAUUAAUUGUAAAUGAGUAUUUAGCGGUUUUAGCGAGGUUAGAUUCAGUAGAGUAGAGUUAACUAUUAGACUAUGCGUUCAUUGUCCUUCUCGUGUAGUUUAACGAACGUCACGCCAGCUAUACAUUUUAUUUAAUUAACGAAACUAAAUGUCUGUUGAAAUUUGAUGUACGUAUUAAAAUAUAUUUUCUAGACAAAAA